CGGGGGGGGGACACGACUAUGCUGCUGACGCUACUGCGACGAGCGGCCCGGGCGGGGGUCCCGCUGCUGCGAGCGGGUCCCGCUUCCCCAGGCAGAGCCCGGCUGAGCAGCGCCGAGCCCCGGGCACGGGAUGGACCCGUCGAGGAGGAGGAGGAGGUGGUGGAGGUGGAGGAAGAGGAGGGGUGCUACCAGCUGUACCCCGGGCACAUCCCCACCAGCCCGCUGCAGAAGGUGCUGCUGGCCGCCGGCUCGGCGUGUAUGGCUCUCUAUGACCCCUACAGACACGACAUGGUGGCAGUCCUCGGGGAGACCACGGGCUGCCUUGCCCUGCCCAACUUGCGAGACAAGAUGAAAAACCACCCUGAAGGUUACCGCAUCCUCCAGGAACGUCCUUGCAUCCGUCUCUCCACCCUGGACAUGGACAGGCUGCGGGGGCUGCCGGACGGCACGCUGGGCCGAGAGUACGUCCGCUUCUUGGAGGACAACAAGGUUUCUCCGGACACCCGGAUGCCGCCCAAGUUUGUUGAUGAUGAAGAGCUGGCGUAUGUGAUCCAGCGGUACCGGGAAGUCCACGACCUGAUGCACACCCUCCUGGGCAUGCCGACCAACAUGCUGGGUGAGGUUGUGGUGAAGUGGUUCGAAGCCGUCCAGACGGGGCUGCCCAUGUGUGUCCUGGGAGCAGCGUUCGGCCCCGUCCGUCUCAGCGCACGAAAGCUGCAGGUCCUGGCCACUGAGCUGGUUCCCUGGGCAAUUAGGAGCGGGCGCAACGCCAGCUGUAUCCUGAACAUCUACUACGAGCAGCGCUGGGAGCAGCCAGUGGAGUCCCUGCGGGAGGAGAUCGGCAUCUUCCCUCCUCCGGCCGUUCGAGUGUGAGAGCUCAAAUACAGGGAGGGGACAGGGGGUCCCCGAUGGCAGCCGUCCCCUGCCACGCUCCAUCUCCUCCUGCCCGAGAGCACAGCGUGGCUCUGCUACCAGCCACCACGGACCCGGGGGCUGAGUUUUCUCCUGCCAAGAGCUGGCACCCUCCUGUUGGCAGAGGCCAAGUGGCACUUCCCUGUGCCGUGACAAAACUUGACCUUUUUACCUGUUUGUGAUUCAGUGGAGGGAUGGCAGGGCCUGCCGUGCCUUUGCCAGCUGGGUCUGGCUGCUCGGGUCCCCCCAGCAGCAGCGCUCUGCUACUGAAGCUCCAAAAUGUGGGGAUGGGUGGGAGCAGAGCUGGUUUACAACCACCACCUUGGCUUUCUGCAGCUCUAGGGCUGUGUAGGUAAAUUCCUCCUCCCACCCUCCCCAGGAAGAUCGAGGCUUAAAGUCUUGGGGCCACCCUGGACUGGAGCUAAACCAGUGAUUUACAGAGCAGCCCAGGGGUGCAACAGUGAAAUCCCGUCUCAUACUGGUGCCUAACUGGUCUCCUGACGUGUCUCACACCUCGGAGACCAGGCAGUGUGUGAUUGCAUGCCCAUGGGAGCAGGCAGGGAAAUACCUUCGGAUAUUAACCCUGCUGGAUUGGCUGUUCGAGAGCUGAUCCCAGGCUGCCGUGUCUCCCUCCAGUCCCUCCCCAUCAAAAAAGCUGAAAUCCACGUGGGUUUUCAGGAGGAAUCCUCCCCUCCUUGAGCAACAAAGUGACGUGAUUGGGAAUAAGGGGCUGAAUCCUGGGAGCUCAGAAACGGCGGCUGCUUGCGCUGCGUCUGGGAGCUGAUUGCUGUCUGGGUUAAUUAAAGAAGGCUCCAGACUGCCAGUGGCUGGAGCACAGAGCUGUCAGAUGUGAGGGCAGAGAGCCGCGAGGCUGGGGGCUCUUUGUACGUGUGGGUUUGCUGUUGGAAUUCCUUCUUGCUUAAUAAAAU